AUGUCAUACAAAAAGUUUGUGUUUUUUAUUAACCUUUUCUUUCUACUAGGUGCUACAUUGUUGACAUUUUUUUUGAUAUUGGCAGGCGCCAAAAACACGGGAGUUUUAAAGAAUUUUUAUUGGUUCCAGGCAUCCACGUCGGGCUUUAACUCAGCACCCUCCUUGACCAGAUGGUAUAACUACAACUGGUGCGGCUGGCAGGGUGGCCAGGCUGCAAACUGCUCUUCCAAGAUGGCCGCGCAGCCGUUUUCCCCCAGGGACAAUUUUGGUAGUUCCGCCCUCAUGCCCUCCACCUUUUUGAACGACAGAAAUACGUAUUAUUACCUAUCAAGAGUGGGCUGGGCAAUGCUUUUGAUCGCGCUCUUCUUCUUACUGAUCACGUUGGUCUCUGUUAUUGUCAGCUUGAUCAAGUAUACAAGACCUACCGCCUCGUUGACGACGGCGAUGAGCUGGAUCACUCUGUUCUUCAUGACCCUUUCCGCUUGCCUGUACACUGGUUGUUACGCCAAAGCGGUAAAGGCAUUUCACCACCAGGAUCGCGGGGCUAGGCUGGGCCCCAAGAACUUUGGACUUAUUUGGACGACAGUGUUCUUGUUGAUAGUAAACGCCGUUUGCGCCACAGUCAUGGCGGCUACGUACAAGAGAAAUGAGUACAUCUACGACCGCAGUUUCGCUUCCACUAAGAUGACGGACUCACAGACAUCGACCCCGGAUGCCUCCGCGUACCCAGCAAACGAAGCGGUCUCUACUCCUGUCCCCGUCCCGGAAGUUCAACAGCCUCAGCCUUCCCGUAACGGCAGAUUUUUCAGAAAGUUGAGAACAAAGAAGAGAACUAUCACCACUACGGGCGAUGAACCUGAUCAAGUUCAGGAAGAACGUGUUUACUCCGAACAGAAUUUGCCCGCCGUAGUUUAA